UGGUAAAACAGGUUUACGAGGAAGAUCGAUAGAUGGCGGGCAGGUUCGAACGAGCGUCGCGAGCUCUAUCGGUCGACAGAGUUUUUAUUUCGUGUGUUCUGCGAUCGAGGCCAUCGAGGCGAGCAGAAAGAUCGAAAUGUCAGAGUUACGACGAGGAUUGUCGAGCGUGUGUAAUGUCAGCUACAAGUGACGCCUCUGCGCUUCUGGCAGCGCGUUUUUCACGCGAAACGAUGCCAACUGGAUAAAUUAUGCCACGAAAAGAAAACACCAAAGCAAAAACAUGGGAGCGAGACAGAAGAAAACGUAUGAACUCGUACUUCAAAACGUUGGCAGAUCUUCUGCCACCGCAUCAGGAUGGCCGCAAACGCAACAAAGUCGACAUCCUGGUCCAUGCCUCGAAAUACAUCAAAGACCUCCAUAGUCGCACGGAAGAGUUCUUUUCCGCGCACGCUUCCGAAGCGCACAAGGAAGAAUUGGCUCGUCUCAAACAACUAGUAACUCAGCUUUUCUCUCACACGCAGUUGCUAUCGACGUUGUUGCGCGAGGCUGGAAUCUCCGUACCCGCGGAACCAGCCCUUGAAAAAAUAUCUCCGCUAAAGUGGUCGAAUAAAAUUAAUGUAGGAGACGCGGAGAAGUAUUUCAGUAAGAUAGAAGAAAUAAAAAAUUCUGAAAAUAGAAGAGAGAAGUCCACGGACCUUAAAGUGCCUUCUAAAAGGAAGUCGGUAAAUUCUUCUCAAUCGUCUACCAAAAAGUCGACGCAGAAUGGCGAUGUUUCCAAGGACGUCAACAGUUCGAUCGAAAAUCAAGAAAACCGUGUAAACCGUGCGAAUAGUAAGGACGACAUUUCGGAUGCAACGAGGAACGUAUCGGAAACUGGACCAAAAGAAUCGGAAUGUUGCCAAACAAAUUCGAGUUCCGAUGCAGCCAUCGCUGAUCCGUCGAGUGGCAAAACGAAUAAUGUAUUACAGAAAGCGGAAACUCAAAAAAAAAGCAAGAAAAAGGCGAAAAAGAAAGACGGGAAAAAGUCUUUAACGUCAUGCAUAAAUAAUUCUGUUACUAAUCUAACUCCGAAUACUCUUAUACUGUCUGGUGGUAAAUUAAUGCCUCUGGUAACUCCUAUGGCGUCGAAUAUAAUUGUAAAUGCUCAACAGCAACCGACGAAUCCUAUAAUUCUUAGCAACACUCAGCAAAGUCAAAUGAUCGUUAUGCAGCCCUUGACGAAUCGCGUACAGAAUUCUGUUGUCUCCAUUUGUAAUCAGGCUUUAAUUAACACGGUACAAAAGGUCACGUUGAAUACAGUUCCAAAUAUCCACGCGAAUAUGGUUGUCGAUUCGCAAAAAUGGGCAUCAAACGUAAAGAAUAUAGUGAACGCGACAAAAAUCGGCGGUCAUAAAGGGAUUCUGCCCAAGGGCAAAGAAGUCACAAAAACUACGAUGACGUAUAAAGUUCCUAUUCCGGCGGUUCACAAAGAAAAAGGAGAGAAAUCGAAAGAACAGACGAGUAAAAAGGAUAGCGAGGUUAAAUCUAAAGCGAAUAAGAAUCAUGCGAAGAAUGUUAAAAAUCAAUCGCUCCCAAAAAUGGGGGAUGAGAGAAACGAGAAAGGAAAAGGUGAAAAAAGCAUCGAGAAUGUAAAUGGAGCGCAGAAAGGAUCGCUCAAGCGGUCGUCGGCUAUAGAAGUCGACUCUACAAAUGAAUCUGCCGAAAAGAAACGGAAGACAAACGAACACAGCGAAUGUACCGUUAAGGUGCAACCGGUACAUUUAAAACGUGUAAUAGAGACGAUAGGCGAGGUCGCGAAUGAAGAAGAUGAAGGUCGUAUCGUGGAUCGGUCGAAUGAAAAAAAAUCAUCUACCGAAACUAGUGCUAACCGCGAGAUCGUUUCCGACUUUUCAAAGUCUGAAGAUGCCUUAAAAUCGGACAACGUGCAGUGGGAAACUAAGAAAAGUCAAGAUGCAUUGGUUUUAGGUACAGUGUCACCGGUUACUUUCUCACAGGAGCAUUUGAAAUCUGGCAACGAGGUUAUAUCGGUUUCCGAAGAAACCGAGUUCGGUAUUCCUAUAGAUAGUACACUAGAAAAGUCACGUAACGACACGAACAAAACCAAUUCCAAGUUAUCUUUAACGGAAGUUGAAGAGGCUGUCCAAGACACCGCAGAAUCUAAGAAGAUGAAAGAAGUGUGCAACCUCGGUACAGAGUUCGAGAAUCUGUUACAGGUGACGCCCAAAGAAUCGGAAGCUGUUGAAGGGGCAACAAACUUAGAAAGUAAUAAGAUCAUUUUAAAUCUUGAUACAAAUACCACGACAACGUUGAAACCAGAAGCGAAUGCGGUAGUACAAACGUCCGACGGCACAGCGCAAACAUCGGUGUUGCUUCCAGUUGGCAUGAUCGAAGACGAAUCCAAGUUAGGUAAGACUUCGAAAGAUGAGAUAUCGAAAACUUCCCUGACGUACAACACAGAGAAUUCUUUCGUGCCCAUUGGUAACAGAACCGACGGUCUUCACUCGGACCUUUCGAACGACAUAUUCGCUUCUCUUCAAGUUCCUUCCAGCUCGCACAAUUCUGAGUCGAUAUCUCCUACCGCGGCGUUUCUGAUGGCUUUCCCGCUAGUAUCCUCGUUGAACGGUAAAACCGAGGUUCUGGAAGAGGAGAUGAAGGAAGACUUCAAGUAUCACAGUCAAACUCCACCCAUGCUUCUACAGAUUGGAGCGAUGGAGCCCAACAGUUUCAAGAUAAAGACGUCGUCCCCUUCUCAUUCGAUCGCAGAGAAACGUUUGAAGAUGACAUGCGAAGAAAAGAAAAAUGUAAAUGAUCCUGUAAACGAGUCGGUGAACUCGGAGAUGAUCGUUUCCUUGGAGUGUAACUUGACUACGAAGGCUUUACCUAAGGUCGUGAACGACGAGCCUCUUAGGGAAUCUUACAAGAUUGUGCAAAGUGUGUUACCUUCUGCGGAGAAACCUGCUUCUUCAAAUUCUUUCUCGCACACUACCAUCUACUCUGUCGCAAGCGUGUCGGCUACCACUUCGAUAAGUACCAACACAGAAACAAGGGAAAAUUGUCAGAGUCAGCUCGCGACAAGUCUUCGAAACACGAUCACCAAUACUACCACUGAAAAUGUUAUCACCUCUGAUAUUGGCACUGCCUCCAGUUCCAAUAAAUCAGACCAGACCACUUGUCCAAUUCAAGCAUCAACCUGCGAUACCAGUGUUCGUUACACCUCCUCUCAAGACUUUUUGUCCAACUACUCGACAGUUGUCGAUAAUAAUCUGAAUAGUUUGCAACAAAAUUCAACGAUUUGUAGCAAUGGUACAAUUCAAGAUGUCACUCCUGCUGGAUCGAUGCAAAACGUACCACCCGAUGUCUCUCAAGCAUCUCUCAGUUCCCAUUUGGCUAAUACGACGACUACUACGAAUACUUCUUUGCGUUUGCAGACUAUGCAGAUGGAUUACGCGUCUCAAAUAAAGGAUAAAGAUUCUCAUAGCUCUCGCGAUGUUUACGGAGUUCACGACAAAGGUCCUCUGGUCGAUUCCAACAUUGUACCCAACAAUCGACUCAAUUACAGCGAUCACGUUGACAGAACUCUUCCCACUUCGUCUCAAAAUAUGCAACAGGAUUAUUCUAUACAGCCCAAAGAUGUAGCUCUUCCUAUUCUUUCUUCCCAAAAUAUGCAAACUGUUUACGAUUCACAGCCUAAAGACACUCAUGUUCUAACUACGCAACAAAGCACUCAGCAGCCAUACACGGUGCACGAAAAGGAUCAUCAUGUACAGAACUCCCACAACGACUACUCUGUAGAUCAGAGUAAGAAUCUGCCUCGAAAAAACUCUGUAUCUUAUCCUACAGGAACCGGUAACGUAAAUACGUCUACCAGAAAUCAGAGCUACUCUUCGAAAGACUCGAUACCCAACUUGUCCGAGAAUCAUUUCCAACGCAGUUAUCCGAAGAUGAAUAAGAAUUCUGAUACCUCAACCAAUACUAUCGUAGACCAAGAUGCAAAGUUGAAUAACGUUUUGAGAUCAAAGCAACAGGAAUCACAGAAUCACAGACGCGACACAAAUUAUACUUCUGCGAAAAAGAUAGACGUUGAUCCGUUUAUCGAGACAUUUUCCUACGGAGUGAAGGAGUCUAUGAGCGCACAAACUGAACAAAAUGUGCUGAAUACUAAUAAUAUAUUUCAAGGAAAACGAGAAAAUUCUCAGAAUUAUACUUCAUAUUCUAACAAAGACAUGAAGAAGAUUAACGCUAACUCUUCGAAUACUCUAAAUAGUAAGCCUUUGAUUCAAAACGUGCCUGUAUCACGGUAUUCGCAGCAGCCAUCAUCUUUCGUCGCAACAUCUAACUACGAGCCGAGUACCGUUACCGAUAAUCACGCCAAAUCGACAACUACCGUUGCUCACAACUCUUCCAAUUUCAGUAUUUUAUCUUGGACUACUUUAUCACCUGUUGGCGGUAAUGCUAAUAACAAUUUAGUGCAGUUUGAGCAAGGACCAACUCAAACGGACAACACAGAGGAGAAAAAUAUUUGCGAUAAUUUCAAUUACGUUCCCCUGCACAAGGAAAAUGCAAAUUUCUCUAAUGUAUUAACAAACGACGUUUAUUCGACUAAUUCGGCUGUGACUAAUAUCGACAAGUCGAGGAUGAAAUCUGGAAUGGAUCCGCAGAAACAACCUUUUGUUGAUCCCUCGAAAGCAAGAAAUAUUCAGGCAAACGUUCCUCCAUCUGGCAAGCAAAGUCGCAUGCAAAGUCAAAGUCAAACUUCGUCUGGCAGCAACGAUUACAAGUUUAGUACCGAAAAUAAAAGCAAAUCCAAGUAUGGAAUGGAGUCUGAGUACAUUCAAAACGAGUAUUCUGGAAUAGAUCAGCAAUCACAGCAGCAACAGCAACACGGACAAAAGACCCAUCAAUCCAUGCCUACAAAGCAGGACAAACCUGUGUAUCCUAUGUCCACUUACGACUCUCAAGUGAACUUUGAUUUACCCGAAGUUAGUACACAAAUAAAGUACUCUGUGGAGACGUACGCCAGCUCGAAUUUCAAGUAUCCCGACAAAUUACAGCAGCAGAAUCAGAACAAGUAUCAGCCUUUGAUUCAGGAACAAAUUCCCUCUCAUCAACACGAUAGCGUUACGUACACCAACGAUGGAAAACAUGGACAACAGCAAAGUGCCGUAAAAUCAAAAGGAAACCAACAGCAACAUGCCAUCAGAGCCCCUGUGAACUGGAUGAUGACACCAGAGAUUAAACACAACGCGAACAUUGCCGACAUCAUUUUACCCCCAAUUGGCAAGGAACUCGAAUUUUGUCAGAACAAUUUGUUUACACAAACACCAUCGUACAAUCAAGGAACAUCGAAUCAGUUUUACAAUAAUUAUGACGUGGCAGGCCAUAGUUUCUCUAAUUUACCAGCAUUGCAAACCGAACCAAAGAGAACUUCAGAGGUGUUUUAUUCAGAGGAUCAACCGUUCCCUUGGUCUCCUACGAAGACUAGCGUACACGUGGAGCAAACUCAACCGGUUAAGGGUAUAGAUCAGCAUAUCGUUUCUUCCAGUCUUCCAACUUUAGUCGGUGAUCUAGAUCUAGGUACCAAUAUAUCCGAGAAGCAGAACUUUUUAUUUGGUCAGGUAUCUUCGAGAGUUCCAUCUGACCAAAGUAAAGACCCCACCAAAGAUAAAGAAGGAAAUGUCACAGGACGUGAUUUCCAUGCCGUGUUAAAUAACCAAACUGUUCAGCACCCGGGAUCUGGAUCUUCGUUCCUUUCUGUGAGUCAACUGGUAGAACACGAGAAAGCUGAGAAGUCUCAUCAACAACACCAUCAGCAACACCAUCAUCAUCACCAUGCUCAUCAGCAUCAACAGCAGCAGCAGCAACAACAACAGCAACAGCAGCAACAACAACAACAACAAGCUAGGAAACAUCAAAGAAAAAGUAAUGCCAGUCCUAGAGGAAACAGUAAACGACAGAUGGAUAUUCGUAAACACACUUCGAGUAACGAUCAGUUACAUCAGAGGCACGAAGAACAAAAAUCUUCCGGUCAUGCCUUCUCGGAACAGGGGUAUCAACAGCAGCAGCAGCAGCAGCAGCAACAGCAGCAACAGCAACAGCAGCAGCAGCAACAACAGCAACAACAACAACAACAACAACAAAAGUAUCAGCAGAAUAAUGUUCACUGGAGAAGCAGGAAUUGUAAAAGCAAUUAUACCGCGGAAGCAUUGAUAGGAACUAAUAGCAGUGUUCAUGACACAAAUCAAGAUAAACAUGCCUCCAUAAAAUUUACUACUAAUUAUCCCCAGAAUAAAUUUCAAACGAGUUUGCCUACUGCGGAUACAGUUAUGCCGAUUAACUAUUUUUCAAAUGCAGACGAAGGAGGCGGUUAUGGGCAAAUGGUUAAUCAGAACUUUAACUCGUACUCGUACUCUUCCAACACAAAUAUCUACCCUACUUCGAAUUUUAUAACUAGUAUAUCGAACACUCCCACCAGUUACAUGAUGCCGCUACACGAUAACACCGAUUAUAUGGAAGCAAACGCCUUCCUUCUGUCGAAUGUGGCAACAUCCUCGACUGCCGCUUCAUCCUCCACGUCCACCGUAACGACCUCGACUUCCAAUGUAAAUACUAACGCGAAGAAUCAUCAACACUAUGCGAAACACCAGAAUUGUGACAAAAGAACAUACUCUACGAAUGCGAAGAAAGGAAAAAGGAAAGGACUAGAUGGAACUAUGCAGAAUUUGGAGUUUCCUCUUUCUAGCAUUAAUUCGACUCUCGAAGAUUAUCACCACUCUGCCACGUUCUUGCCACCACCUCCACCACCACACGCUAGCCCUCUUUAUCAAAAUCAUCCACAGGCAAACGUAUAUACGAAAGCUGUGAAUGGUUUACCACCACCACCCACGGUACCUGGUGCGCAAGGCGUCACCACAGUACCAACGGCUGGUUUCCCAAUGAAUCCAAACAUGUCAAGAGGAGGAAUCGUUUCGAGUAACCCUAUGACCAUGAGUCAUCAUCCCUCGGGCACUAGUCUCACCAACUUCAACUUAAGCACUAUAUUCCCUGAGAUGAACGACAAAAUAACGGGAUAUAAACCACCGAAUGGUAUACCACCCGGUUUAUCACAACCUCCAAACCAGUCUACAGCUUAUGUACAGAGAACCAAUUAUCCAACAAACCCUCUCUGUCAUUUGCCACAGGUGUCGGAAGGAAGUCAAUUUGCAAAUAGCGUUCCUCCUCCUCCUCCACCUCCUCCUCCCGGAGUAAUACAUUACAAGAAUGUAUAAUAAGGUAAAUACGAAUAAGGGUCAAAUGUGUUUUCGACCAAUUGACUACUGUACAUAUGUAAAUAACUAUGUAAUUGAUUAAAUUAAAAGAGAUUGAUAUAUAUA